CUUCGACAUCUCUUUCUCUCUCUAGGGUUUCCCAAAUUCCAACCUCUUCGCCUCGAUCCCCUUCGCGUCUCCAUCCCAAAUCCUCGCAGGAUUUUCGGAGUUUGAUCCCCAAAACCAUCAAUCCAGGGGCGGAAUUAGGGCACAGAUCGAUUGCCGGAAGCUUCGUUAAUGGCGAAAACGAAACCAGGGAAGAAGGACCUCGAUUCCUACACCAUUAAAGGCACCAACAAGGUCGUCAAAGAUGAAUCGUAGUCGGGGACUGCGUGCUGAUGCGGCCUGCGGACUCGGAGAAGCAGCCAUACGUUGCGCGGGUGGAGAAGAUCGAGGCUGAUCACCGGAACAACGUGAAGGUGCGGGUGCGCUGGUAUUAUCGCCCGGAGGAGUCGAUUGGUGGCCGGAGGCAGUUCCAUGGUGCUAAGGAGCUGUUCCUCUCCGAUCACUACGAUGUUCAGAGCGCGCACACCAUUGAGGGUAAGUGCGUUGUUCACUCCUUCAAGAAUUACACCAAGUUGGAGAAUGUCGGCGCUGAGGACUACUUUUGCCGGUUUGAGUACAAGGCUGCCACUGGAGGGUUUACUCCUGAUCGCGUUGCUGUGUAUUGCAAGUGUGAGAUGCCUUAUAACCCGGAUGAUCUCAUGGUUCAGUGUGAGGGAUGCAAGGACUGGUUCCAUCCAUCUUGUAUGGGUAUGACUAUUGAGCAAGCCAAAAAGUUGGAACACUUUCUGUGUUCAGAUUGUACAUCUGAAGACGAUGCCAAAAGGUCACUGAACUCAUUUCCUGUUUCACCUAUUUCUGAGCCCAAGGUCGAACCUAAAAGGCGGAAGAGAUAACUUAUUGGUGCAGAAUGUGUCUGAUGGAGGGGUGCAGAGAUCAGACUGUGCACCAAUUUGGUAAUAUUAUUGUUGCUGGGGCAUGAAUUGCAUGGGGAUGCUUUGAAACUUUGUUUUUUUAAAAAAAAAAAAAAUCUUCUUUAGUUUCUCUGGCUUCA